CGGCCACUUCUGUGCUCCUGUUCUCCCGUUUGGAGUUCCUGCAUGCCGAAGCUGCUGCGUUUGUCUUGUUCUCGACAACCGCGACGCUGCCCUCGACUGCCCGCGGUCGCGCCGUUUGUCCCUGCCAUUUGCUUCCACUCACCUCCGAAGCCUUCAUCCUUUUCUUGCGGCCUCGUACAGCGUUACUCUAGCCAACUACUUGCUCUUCUGUGAACCCCUAUACUCUACAACAAGCUUCGCCAAUACCACAUGCACAUGGCCACUUUUACAAUCAAGAUGCUUUGACCUUCUCUCGAGCAAUCCACUUUCCGUCUUCCCCCCCUCAUGCUCAUCUUUGGUACGCUCCCGAUAACCUCCAACCUCGACUCUCUCUACAGUCCAUGCUUGCAUCGUAGACGGGAGAUCUGGCGCGCCUUCCGCUCCAUGCUAUCGACCCGCUUGGUUUUUUGGCGUCUGGGCGUGCACGCCGGCUAUGCAAAUUACCUUCGUUUCAGCAUGCCCGACUCCCAUCGUCCACGCUCGUCCCCUCCUCCAGCCGAGUUUCAUCUGCAACCCACUGCACCGGUGUCGAUUCCAUCAUCCCGCCUGCACACUUGCCCUUGCCUGUCACAGUGCUGCGUGCAGAUUUCUCAAUCCAUCGUUUUCCUAAUUUUUCUUUUGUGCUGUAAUGCGUGUCCGAGGACCGUCUGCUCGGUGCUACUGCGACUCUCCUCGACUCGACCUUUUAUUGCUUGCUUGCACGCCACCUACAGCACGACCUCCAAAUGGGUCCUGCUAAAUCCGCUUGCGUGCGCGGUCCGCAUGGUCCGCCUCCACUGUCUCGUUUGCUUCAGAUAGAACUUUGGGCCGACUAAGCCCUCGACAUCCCAAUACAACAUGGC